AUGAAACCUAAAGAUGUCACCGUAGAAGAUACAAGAGAACUGAUCAGACGUAUCCGCAAACUAAGAAGUAUUCCGAUGAAAAGACAAAAAUUUAAAGUUGGAGAUAGAGUUCGAGUCAGCAAACAUAAAAACAUCUUUAAAAAAGGAUACACCCCCAAUUGGAAAACGGAAUUAUUCACUGUAGAUAAAGUUAAACGACCAAAACCAGUUACAUACAAACUUACAGAUUAUGAAAAUCAGCCAAUCGAAGGUGGUUCCUACGAAGAAGAACUAUUAAAAGUUAAAUGUCCAGAUGUUUACCUCGUCGAGAAAGUCCUUAAAAGCCGUGGUAAUAAUGUAUAUGUAAAAUGGCUUGGAUUUGACAACUCACACAAUAAUUAA